CCCCCACUCCCUCCCUCCCCUCAAGAAACAGAGCUCCGACACCUUCCCCAUCCCACUCCACCCCAUUGCCCAUAAGAGAAACAGAGCAGGUUGUCAUCAUGGCUAGGCCUCAGCAGAGAUAUCGCGGCGUUCGCCAGAGACACUGGGGCUCCUGGGUCUCCGAAAUCCGCCAUCCUUUGUUGAAGACAAGGAUAUGGCUUGGCACAUUCGAAACAGCAGAGGAUGCAGCCGGAGCCUACGAUGAAGCGGCAAGACUGAUGUGCGGGCCAAGGGCACGGACCAACUUCCCUUUCAAUCCCAAUGCCUCCUCCUCAUCAAACUCCAAGUUCCUAUCGGCGGCUCUCACCGCAAAGCUACACCGCUUCAACUUAGUGUCGCUCCAAGCCGCCCAGCCCAUUGCUAAGGACACACCACGAAGGUCUUCCCUGUCGGUAAGCUGCAGCGCUGCCAGUAACAGGAAGUCGGAGUCUAUCGACAGUGACUUGACGAAAAACCCGGCGUUAACAAUGGAACAGCAGACCAACUGGGUUGUCAAAGAAGAGAACGACAGUAGGGAGAUGCAGUUCACUUAUCUGGAGGAGCAUCACAUUGAGCAGAUGAUUGAGGAGCUGCUGGAUUCUAACCUCUCUGUGGAGCUCUGCUGCACUGCUCUGUAGGCAGUCAUGGCACUUGCUAAUAUUACCUUUUUUUCCCUAUAUCGAGUCAUCGAGAUUGACCCAUUUCCCACCUACUCUAGUCCCUCGAAGCGAUGAAGUCCUUGCCCAAGUUCCGUUUUCCUUGGCAAACUAUGAGAGUAGUUGAUCUCUCGUGUAGAUGUACAGUGCUAUUUACACAAUAUAUGUACCUUUUCUGCUGGUAGAAAUGGAGUGGAAAGAUAUAAUAUUGGGUGAAA